GGUCCGCCCGCAGCAGUCUCCUUCCCGGCGAGGUUCACUCCAGAGAUGGCUGCGAAAGUGUGCAGAUCAGUUCUCCUGUUGUCCCGGAGCAGCGGAGCGGUGGCCGGCAGCCUCCCCGCACUUGUUGUCUCGCCACAGCGGCACCAUCAGCACAUAAGACCGCAGGAGGUACUGUCUGCCCCUCUCUCUCGUCAGAGCAUCAGGAGAGCACAUGGUCUGCGGUCCCACUCCACACUGUUCAGCCAGCCCCCCACUGCCCUGCCUCCACAGGUUUGGAAGGGUGCCCCCUCAUGGCAUGGCCAGAGACUGUUGUGUACCUCUGCUGCUCUGGAAGAGGUGACAGUGGUGUACCAGAACGGGCUGCCGGUGAUCUCGGUCAGUUUGCCGUCCCGACGAGAGCGCUGUCAGUUCACUCUGAAGCCUCUGAGUGACUGUGUGGGUGUAUUUCUGCAGCAGCUCCAGGCAGAGGACAGAGGCAUUGACCGCGUGGCCAUUUACUCCAUGGAUGGAGCCCGGGUUGCCUCCUCCACAGGGAUUGACAUUCUGUUAUUGGACGACUUCAAACUGGUCAUUAAUGACACCACGCACCUCGUACGACCACCUAGGAGAGAGUUACUGCCUCACGAGGAGUUGGAUCGACUGAAUGACGUUAAGUUCCUGGUGCAGCAGCUGUACACCACACUGCGCAUUGAGGAGCACCAACUCAGCAAAGAACGCGAGCUGAUUGGACGGCUCGAGGACCUCAACUCUCAACUCCGUCCUCUCGAGAAGGUGAGGGAGGAGUUGAGUAAGAAGGCGGAGCGGCGUACCACCUGGGUGCUAUGGGGCGGGAUGGCGUACAUGGCGACUCAGUUUGGGAUCUUGGCGAGGCUCACCUGGUGGGAGUACUCCUGGGAUAUCAUGGAGCCUGUCACCUACUUCAUCACAUACGGCACAGCAAUGGCCAUGUAUGCCUAUUUUGUGCUCACACGCCAGGAGUACGUUUACCCAGACGCCAGGGAUAGACAGUAUCUGCUGUUCUUCCACAAGGGGGUGAAGAGGACACGCUUCGACAUAGAGAAAUACAACAAGCUGAAGGAUGAUAUCGCAGAGGUGGAGUUAGAUCUAAAGCGUCUGCGGGACCCUCUGCAGCUCCAGCUCCCCAUCCAGCAGCUCAGUGGCAGUAAAAAUUGAUGGAGACCGUGAAGCCCCGCCCCUUUAGCCCAAACGCCCCUUUUCUUUACCUCCUCUCUCCUUCAUCCCAACCUUAAACUGUCUCUUACUUUUCCCUCGUUUUCCACACCCAAAAAAAACAUCCUGUUUGACUGUGGGAGCUUUUCUUCUGACACAUUUUUCUUUUUAAAUCUCUUGACUGAAAACAGUUUAUCAAACGUGCAGAACAAUAGUGAGGAAAAUCUCUCACAGCCAAAGGAGGAUGACAAAAAGGACGACUGCGAUGAUGGUGAAGAUGGAUUUAAACUAGCACUAAGGAGCAGCCUCAACUCUUUGGGAAAACGGUCUGCAGGGAAUACCGGGACACAGGAAGCAACUCAAAAGGACAUUCAGAGGCGACUGUAGUGGAGUGUGUAUCGUGAAGGACUUUUCUGCUCGUAGUAGUCGAACUGUCAACACACAGCUACUAUUGGUCCGACUUCAGGGAGAGUCCCACUUUAAAGUUUACAGAGAAGUCCCGGCCCGGUCAGAAGGCUGGGCUGACUGCAGUUGUCCACCACGAGGACCUAGUUUUUGUGGCUAAACUCUGCUGCCUCCUCCCUGAGCCACGACCUUUGCCCUUUCACCUCCAGGAUGUCGCCUCGUUUCCUCUUCCUGUUGAUAUCCUGUAGCGGUGCAGUUCUGCCUAAAGUAUGAGAGUACUACCGACAACAACAUCACUGUGUGUUCUUUUAUUCCAAAAAAUAUUUUGGCACUUUUUAUUUGAAAGCCAUAGUAUAUUUGUUAUGAAAAGAAUAUAAAUAUAUAAAUAUAAAUAUAUAUGUAUACAAUCAAAUAACAGAUGACCAGAGGCUAGUUUUCUGUCAGUGGGGGGAGGAGCUCUAACGUCAUUGCAUUUUUAUUUUUGUUCCUCUGACUAAUGCAAACUCCUUUUACACGUUUUUAAGCUUUAUAUUAUAACAAAUUAGCUUUAUAGAUGAGCCCAGGUUGGUAAUGAAUUGCCAGUGACAAACUUCAUAUCAAACUCCACUCCACUUUUUCUUCUACACUUCACUACUAAAUUCUCAACUCCCACUAAGGAGCUAGCGACAUUUAGGUGGCAUCAGGGAGACAUUUACUUGGGAUUUGAAUAAUUAUACGGAUCCUCUGAUGAAUUUUAAUAUCGAAAGUGCAUGGAAUCUAGCACAGCACACUGAAAUGAAAAGUGCUGUUUACCCAGACACACCUAGAGGCUUGUUAUGGUUGUAGAAGAUUAAUUAUCUCUGUGGCUCAUUUUAGAAAAAGACCACACAGCUUUGGUAUAAAUCUACCUUUAAUUUGGAUUUCUCUUGAGAUGUUGAAAUUACCACCAUUUAUUGCUAUUUAUAGCAUCUCUCUAACCUCUCAUAAACCAUAAAGACAAGUGCCACGGUUUCAGUCUCAAAGGACGUCCAGAGUCUUCUCCCUCCACUGUUACGCCCCCUGCUCCCCCUGAUGGCCAGGCAGGGUAGACUGCAUGCAGUGGUAUGCCCUCAGUAGAAAAAAUUGUGAAUGUGUAGGAGCAUUAUCGCAAAUUUUGUACUUCAACUAGACACGUAUCAUUUGCCACAUCAAGCUGAAGUCUCAUCGGCUAACCUGUAAACAUAUCCAAGAUUUCUGUUUUGUUUAAGUCCAGGGGAGGAUUGGCGGACCUUUCUCUGGCUCUCUCCAAAAUUGCAAUUCAUGACCACAGCACAAUGAUUUUACUUCAACCAUUUGCUUUGUGUUAACGGCAGGCUAAAUCCUACGUGUCAAGAUCAUAGUGUGUAACUGCAAAUUGUCCAUUUAAAUGCAUGAUUAUAGGUUCAAUUCAAAGUUAACCAUGCAGAUCUCCAGCUAGGAUUUAGCCUAAUGUGCUUGAACAUCUGUGUGUGUGCAAUGGUGCCUUUUAGAUGAUCAAUAAUUACAAUGGUGUGUAGACAAUGUAGCAAUCUAGUGACAGUAAAUAUACUACAAAUCUGUGGUUAUUUGGAAUGGCAUAUUUAUAGAUCAGAUUAGGCAUAACAUUAUGACCUUUGCCUAAUGGAACUCACUGAAUAGGAAACAAUAGGUGACUGUAUUAAGAAGCAAAUAUACAUAUCAUAGUAUUCAAAGUUGAUCUGUUAAAGGGCAUUUAAUAAGCUUAUACAUUUUUAUAUUACUUUUUACACCAUAUUUGUGUUUUUGGGAGUAUACAUUUGAGCAGACACCAUUAGCAACCUCUCCGUCAUGCCAUGUAGUUACAAAAAGCACCACCAAAUGGCGACAGACGUGUAUGUAGUGACGUAUUGAAAUUUGAAGUAGUAUGUUGUAUGAGCUAAAAAAAAACAAGUCUGCUAAUGCUGUACUUUGUGUAGAGUCACUUACAUUACAAUCAGGCAUGCAUUUUGAGCUCUGGAGAGGGAGAUGGUGUAAACAUGCAGGAUUACUGAAACCUGUGCAAAUUAAUCAAAACAAAUAUGCAGCCCUUUGAAGCUGAAAAAAACUAUUAGCAAAUCUACAAAUCUUCAAAUCUGCAGUUCUUGUUAGAGUGUUUAUUGUCUGCAGUCGCCAGUAUCUUUCAAGAAUCAUUAUUGUAGUGUAUGUGGGACGGAAAUUCAAUCUCUAAUCCAAAAUAUUAAACCAAAUUUGUGUUCAUGAUAUAAAGUGUAUUUCAUAUUAGAUUGGUGGUCACAAUGUUAUGCCUGAUUACUGUGUGUUGUGUGGGCAUUCAGUCUUGACAUCCUCAAAUGGGUUGCUUUUAAGCUAUACUCUAUCCUCAUGUAAUUUCAUAGGAGUUAAUGUAUUUUUUUCUGAGGAAAUGCUCUUAAUAUUCAUUCAAAUGUCUGUUUCUGUGGAGACUUCAUGUAGGAGGUGAGACCAGCCCAAUCCUCCCCUCACACUUCUUUGCCAUCAUCACCUCCUCCUUUUUAUCACGCCAUCCACCGGUUAAUGCCUUUUUAAUUAUUAUUUUCUUGUGUUAUUUUUUAAAGGAACUAAAUAUAUCAAAUAUAGGGAACUUUAUUAUAAAGAGGGUGUUGCAUGAAUGUAUGUUUACAUGGGAAAAAUAUGAAAAAAUGAAACAAAAAAAAAGAUGAUUUAUCAAAAAACUGCAAAGAUAAUUUAAGAACGUUGUUUGUAGAGAUUCCUAGUUCUAUUAUAAAAAGGGCAGCAGACAGGGUUUGCCUUUAGAUUCUGCCCUGCCAAAAAUCAGACUCAAUCCCAGCCAACCAAAACCAUCCUUCUUGUUUACUCCCAUAAUCCUCUCUAUUCUUGAGGACCUUUGACCUUUUGACCUCAGUCAUUACAGGCCUGAUAUGAGUGCAGAGGAAGAGGCGCAGUUUGUUCACAAUGUCCCUCUCUCUGGUUCAUCCAUGUUGUUUCAGUUUAUUUUGUUUGUCGUCUUCUGUUGACUUUCUUCUUUAUGUGCACUUAUGUUUGAGAAAUGCCUAAGAGUAAAGCUGAUCAUAGGAUUGACACAAGCUUAUAAUACUCCAUUCUGACCUCUUGAUUAUGUUUUUGGCUUUGUUUGUUUCUGUUGACAUAUGAUGCUGUAAUGUUGGCAAAAAAUAAAAAUGUAAAAUCCUGUAUCAUUUAUGAAAUAUGUAUAAAAGAGAAAUGUAAUUCAAUUAUCAAUAAAAUCCUUAUCCAGUUUUUGGA